AUGUGGCUAGGGAACGAGCCGUCCAACUGGGAGACUAACUCUCAGCCAGCACGUACAACCGAGACUCUCAAAGCUCGUAUGCCUGUAACCAGUCCUAUGCGCGCAAACUACCCAAUUAAGGGUCUACAGCAACAUCCCGUCAAGGAUGCCCCGGGUUUCGACAAUUCCAAGUAUCUCAAGUUUCCGUAUCCAAGUUCCAAAUCCGGGGAGGUACAUAGGGUAGUGCUUAUAGCCCUCCAAACUGACAUUCUAUACUCAAACUUUUCCACAAUCUCAACUCAACAACCCAAGUACCCCACACAUAGACAAUAUAGGUAG